UCAAGACAACCAGGAUGUCUACACCAACCCAUUUGUGUGUAAUAGUAGAGGCUCACAACAUCCGCAAGUUGACUUUACCCUUUGGUAUCCCUGAUAAGGUUGAGGACCUUGUUUCAGUCAUCAAAGAACAUUUUGAACUUGAAGGGAAUUUUAAUAUUUUGUACCAAGACAAAGACUUUGAUGACCAGUUCUUCACUCUGACCACAACUGCAGAGGUAAAAGACAAAGACACAUUGAAAAUAGUCCAAGUAGACGAUUCAUUUAUUCUAAACUUGUCUCAUGUUGAUGAAUCAGACAUGAGCUUGACUCCAAUUCCAUCAGAUUGGUCUGUUACCUCAAGAUCAUUGGAUCAAAACUCUGCUGAUGAGAGUUGUUCAGGUAGCUCAAUAGACACUUUUCUGUUGUCCUCAUCACCUGCGUGCCGUGCUGACCCCUGGCCUGCUCGCUUUACAAUACCAAAAUUCUCCCAUGAUGUGGAAAGAAUUCUUCAAACAGCAAACCAAACUUAUCAUGAUGGCGGUGCACUCUUCCAAAACCCAAGUGUGAAAUCUAAUAUCCUGCAGGCUCUCGCAGAGGCAAUAUUCCACUAUACAGCUUAUCCCACCAGUCUUCAAAUACUCACAGUUGCAGAAGCUCUUGUAGAGAAAUACCCAUGCCUCAAGGAACCUGGCUCAUUUGCAGGCUUGUAUGGCUGGCAACAGAGCCUCAAAUACAAGAUGCACAAUUAUCGCACGAAGUUGAGAAGCCGUGAACUCAUGCCCUGAGCUUGAGGUUAACUCCUUAAAACGGAAGCGACUAAGUGACAGGGCCCCUGCCAAGAAUGUCAAGAGACCCAAAAAAGCGGAGGUGAAUUAUCUGCCUCCUCAUCCACUUGGGGAAAGUCAAGAAAGUCUGGAGAAGGAGAGACUUGACCUUCUUUGCGAAGUAAAAAAGAAACAUAAUGAAAAGAUCAUUACAGAAAAAAUGGCAAAAACCUUUUCAAGUCGAAGACAUGAAGUUGUCAAUCUCAGCCCUUGUAUCCAAGAUUUCAUGGAGAGAUGGCCCGCGUUGUUCGGUGAGGCUCGGAUAGCGGAGGAAUUCCAAAGAAUCACAGCCGUUCCUCUCUUGCAAACGUUUAUGAGGAAACUUGACAGUUACACGCCGAGACUGCUCAACAUCAUGAGAGCGAAGGGAGGAGUUCCAGGGACAAAGAUACGGCCAAUACUGGAUACACUCAAUCAGAGAGACUCCAUCGAGAGAAGACGGGAUGCAGUCAUCCGCAGUCUCAUAGAGUACCUUGGAGAGAGUGGUGUUGAGCUUUUCUUAGACUGCCAGGAGGCUGACCGACAUGAAAACACUCAUCACAUCUUGAAAGUGCUUGUUGUACAUGCUGCCACUGAUGAGGAUCCCGUGGAUGUUUCCAUCAUUAUUGAGGGUAACGAGGUGCUGACUAAAUGUGACAACACAGCAAAAGCUUGCACACUGUUGAUGGGACUGCUGUAUGCACUGAAUCUGGAAUACCCUGCAAAGCUUAAGUAUACAUUUGAGGUCUUCCAAAAACUUUUUCUUGAGCUUGAUGGGAUCAAGCUGUCCUCAAAAGUCCAGUCACUGAGAACCAAGUUGCUGGCUUGAAUGUUGGAAGGCUUUUUGGUAACCUGAAAUACUUCAGUAGUGGUUUCUCUACUUUGUAUUAUUUUUACACUUGUAUUUACUUUUUUACAACAUUUGGGGAAUAUUGGCAUUGAGGGCCAGAUGUUUUGUUUGUACAGUGGUCUGUAAAAGUCUUCUAAAUUGCCAGUCAUUGAAUUAAUGUGUUUGUAAGAAUUGAAACUUCUGAUGUUUUGAUGCAAGGUAAUUGUGUAUAUAUGUUUGAUUUCCAGCAAUGUGCCAAAACGUUCUCUAAAAAGAAAUCUAGAUAUUUUGCCACAAUUUCAACAAUUGUUUCUUAUGGUUCAUUUAAUCAAUCACGUUAUUUCUUUUGUCAGUUUGAAGGCCUCACAAUAAUACUGAACAAGAGACUCAUACAUGCUCAUUUUGGCUUGCAGUGAAAAGUCCUUCCUUGUUUUUCACACAACUUAUUUUCAAGUUUCUUUUAUUAUUUUAAGUUACCACACCAUAUCAAGGCAUGUGGACUUUUGAGCGUUGUGCUUUAACCAGAUUUUAAGGCAUUGUAAACAAUUCCCAGGUUAUUGUUUCUAUGUUAGUCUUUGGUAGCAAAUGCCAGUGUUUCAUUUGUGGCUGAAAUGUUUUAGGUCUUUGGUGAUAGGCACAUUGCUGACUUUAACUGUAACAGCCCAUUCUAUGAUUGUGAUUGUGUGAGGCCUUUUUCACUAAAACUGAAAUAAAAAAGUUGACAAGAUACAUACUGUUCAAUGUGAGUGAUUAAAACAUUGUUGAUGGUGUUAAAUGUUAUGCAUCUUACAAUUUAUAACCAAUCCAGCUACUGGAUGACCUAAAUUUCCCUUGGGAUUAAUAAGGUAUCCAUCAUCAUCAAUCAUCAUAUAUACUGAUAUAAUUUAGUUUAAAAAAAAUACUGACAACUGGGAGUUAAUUGUUAUUUAAUUAAUAGAUAUUUAUAAGUAUUUUUGUA